UUUACUGUUAUUGUUUCGUGUUUAUUGAUUUUUUAACAAAAAGUUGCUAUUAAUUAAACUUAAUUUAAACAGUUUAUAUAUAGAAAGUGUAUCAAAAAUUAUAGGUUAUUCUAUACACUUUAAACUUUGCGCUAUAGUUUGCUUCAAUUAAGUGCUCUGCCAGUAAUCAGAAAACCUUUGUAAUUUUUCUUGUCCUGUUUUUUUUUGUUGAAUAAAAUUGUUAACAAAGUGAUAUAAAAUGCUUCCAAGAUCGUAUUAUAACGAGCAGGAUCUAAGAAAACGGCAAAUAGAUACAUUGAAAAUCUUCAACGACCACGUAAUAGAAAUCGAUGAGAAUUCCGAGUACAGUGUGGAAUUUACUGCAGAUGGCAAAAAUAUGAGCUUAAACGUUGUACUAAGCCCCGAAUUUCCCAAUGAGAACCCUUCUAUAUAUGUGAAUCCCGCUGUACUACAUCCAUGGAUUGCAGAGAACUCGAAUCAAAUUGUCGGAGCUCCUGGCCUUGUUAAUUACAGCUUGCAUUCUGAUUUAGGACGUGUAGUUCAAGCUAUUAUACGUGAGUUUCAAAGGUCGUUGCCAAAAUUACCAAAUGAUGAUAAAUGUAAUGAUACAAGUCCACAAUCACAAGUUAGUGUCCAAUCGUUGAUGUUUCCAGAAUUAGAGGAGUUUAAUAUUGAUGAAUUGCAGGAAAUAUUAGAGAAUCCAGAUUUACAGGACAAAUUAUUAGAAAAUAAUCCACAAUUAAUACAAUUGGAGUUGGAGACUGAGGAAAUUAUGAAUAGCAUUGAACACAUCGCACAGGACAACAUCGCAAAACAACAGUCUUUGGAUGAUUUGAAGACGGAAGUGAUUGACCGAAUCUCAACAAUUGUUCAGAUGAAGAUGAACUGUGAGGAGUUGCAUCGCAAAUAUCAGAAGCUGGCAGACAUGUACGACCCUCAUCGCAUCAGGGAUUGCUUGAAGGUUGCUGCAUUGCAAGCAGAUGAGGAUGCUGAGAAUAUAGCAGAAGAUUUCAUUUUAGGUAAAAUGCCAGUUGAAACAUUUAUCACCAAAUUUUCUGAGAAAAGAGUCUUAGGACAAGCAAGGAGGACCAGGGAGGAGAGACUAGCUCACCAGCUUGCACAGCUUGACAAGGCUACGACAUAAACACUCAUUAAAAGCUGUUUAAAUUAAAA